AUGGCUAAAUCAUUCGAAAAGUCAUGUCUUCCGUACCGCGGCUCUUGUCACUGCGGCUGCAUCCAGUAUAUUGCGAUCAUCCCACUGCCCCCAGCAGUCGCCCUGGGAUCCGACCAGCCUGUUUCAUCUCGGGCGCGCUUUUAUAAAUGCAACUGCUCGACUUGCCAGAAAAUGGGAUACUUCCAUCUGCGACUUCCCGACGCCGCGAAUCAGUUUUUCGUGCUCUCUCCUUCUGAUCUUGGGUUACUGGGUGAUUACCGCUGCCAAAGUGGCCGGGUGCAGUGGUUGUUCUGUCCCAAGUGUGGCGUGCGGUGCUUCGCCGUCGCUGGACCGUGGAAGCAGGAUACAAUUGACAGAGAGCUUGUGGAUAUGGCACUCCCAAAGAACGGUGACGACGAAGCAAAUCCGGUCUCUGUGUGGAGGAUGGACCCCGCGUUGUAUCAAGAGAGGGUUACUGGGUAUGUCAGUCUCAAUGCGCUUACAAUUGACCAGGAUCAAGCGCAUGGAACUACUCUGGACUUGCGAGAGCUGGUAGAUCGAAAGUGGGUUGAAUAUCUGGACUGCAAAGAGAGGAAAGAAGAGAACCGAUACACAUAUCCUCAGGAGAAAGGAACCUGGUAG